AUGGCACCCAGAGGGAAGAAGGCAUCACCCAAGAAGGCUCUCAAGCCCCCCUGUCUCAUGACAGACCGGCAUCAAUGCUUUCCCAUCAGGCGUACCACGAUAGACACCGGCGUCAGGACCUUUGAUGGCGUACUAAAAAAGAACAUCGAUAUCGAGUACAAUGGCUUCGAGUGGAUCCGAGUGGCAAGCUGGACCAACGCCACCGCGGAAGCGCAGGGGCAUAACUACAGCUACUGGAAGGACAUGGUCCUGCAUCCUGACCAUAGGUACUCCGCGACCAACGACUUCGAAAUAGACUCUCCCAAGACUGUGGAUGAUUCCAAUUGGAACAUCCUGGACUCUUUGAUCGGUCUUGACUUUGUUCUCGGCCAUGAGGAAGACACGCAAGCUCCGAGGGUCAGCAUCACGGCGCGUGACGCCACCUCGAACGCACAGAAAUUUGAAGACAGGAUCAUUGUGCCCGAGUACUCGCAGUUUCAUCUAUACCAGCGCAGAAUCUUUUUCACGGCCAUCCUGCCGGCAGUGGCGGAGCACUCACUCACACACUCUCACCUUGGGGGGCUCGCCAACCUCACCUCACCUCCCACCUUCACGCCUCCUCACAUCACCACCACCGCAAACAUGCCCUCCUCCGACACAUCCUCCGACUUUGAGCUCGACCCCGUCAUCGAGGCGUCCUCCUCGCCAGACGCGCCCCUCACCGGUGCCACGCCCACGCUGCCCAAGUGGUACCGGCCCCCGCGGUGGCUCACCGGCGGCACCACCGCAGACGCCUCAUCCCAGUCUGCAUCAUCAUCAGUAUGGCCGCCACGGUGGAUGACGUCGCGAUGGUCAACACCGCGGUGGUCGCAGCACCGCGUCCCGCGCGCGGUCGCACGCACGCUGCGCCCCCGCCUGACGUGGCGCUACGUGCUCUUCUCGCUGCUCUUCCUCUACGUCUUCAUCCGCGGCGUGGUCCUGCGCCGUCCGCUUCUCGCCUCCCCGCUGCCGGCGUACACGGGCCCGCAUGCCGUCGGCGCCGUUGACAUCGAGGUCCCGAUCGCGGACCACGGCGGGCAGCCGCUCCUCCUCUCCAACGCCACGUUCAAGGCCACCGGCCGGCCCGCGUUUGAGCUGCAGUCUGUGCUCUUCACGCUGUACUACCCCGUCGCUGCUGCUGCUGCUGCCGGACGCGAUGCGCCAACGCCGCCUAUGUACUGGAUCCCCAAGCCCAUCAGCCUGACCGCCCGGGGGUACGCCCGCUUCGCGCACGUCGACAACUUCCUCGUCCGGCCUAUCUUCACCUUUUUCUUGUGGCUGCUCGCGGGGGGCAUCACCGUCCCCGCGCGCGUCGACGCCCCGCUGCUCGCUGCCGAGGCGGCGAGGGCGUCUGAUGCGGUGCUCGUGGGCAAGGAUGGGAGGCUGCCCGUCGUGCUGUUCUCGCAUGGCGACGCCUCGUCCCGCACCGACUACACGAAUUACCUCGGCGAGCUGGCUUCGCGGGGCGCUGUCGUUGCGGCGGUUGAGCAUCGUGAUGGUAGCUGCCCGGGAACGCUUGUCCGGCUCCCCGGUGAGCCUGAUCGCGAGGUGCUGACGUUUCGUGCCUCUGAGCUAGUCGCUCCUGUGUCUGGGCCCUCCGAUGGCAGUGGUGAUGAUGGUGAUGAUGACCUCAAGAAGGCCCGGCGCAGCGAUGACAAGCUGCAGCCCGUCGACAGCGACCGCUUCCUGUUCGACCAGCUCGAAUUCCGCAACGCCGAAAUGUUCCAAGCGUUACACGUCCUGCAGGCCCUCCACGCCGGCAACGGCAGCUCCCUCGCCGCGCUCAACACCCGCGGCCACGGCGCCGCCUCCCUCCCCACCUUCGCCUCCCGCCUCGACCUCGCGCAGCUCCUCAUCGCGGGCCACUCCCACGGCGCCACCCUCGCCCUCAAGUCCCUCGUCGACUCCCCGCUGCCCGCCAGCGGCGGCAUCGCCCUCGACCCGGGCAAGUCCUCCGGCAAGCUCGACCCGGGCUCCCCCGCGCCCCUGCUCGUCGUCCACUCCAACUCGUGGUCCCGCGCCCGCAGCCUCUUCUUCGGCCGCCCCCACUUCGACGCCGUCAAGGAGCUCGUCCAGGGCGUCUUGCGCCGCGCCGGCGCCGCGUGGUUCGUCACCAGCGUCGGGACCUCCCAUCCGAGCGUCUCGGACGCGCCCCUCAUCGAGCCCUGGAUCCUGAGCUGGACUACCGGCGCACGCAUGAACACCAAGGAGGCUCUAGAGGAGUACGUUCGCAUCUCCGUUGACUUUAUGUACUUUCUCCGAACCGGCCGGGCCCGGGCCCUCCUCGCCGAGCCCGUCACGCAUGACGAGUACGAUGAGUGGGUGAGCGAGGAGCGCAAACAAGAGUUUCCCAAGGGCAUGGCGAGGCUGUGGCAGGUUCACGUUAGUCCAGCGAUUGGCAAGUAA